UGUUGUUGCACUCCAUCAUCAAACACCUUUUACACUGCCACUUACCACAACCAUAUUGACCUGGCCAUAAACGGCAAAACAGGGAAAGAGAAGAGUAGCCUCCAUUCACACCAUAUCACUCUCACUCUAGCUGAACACUCACAAACACACAAGAUGGCGAUGGACCAAUCGCUCAUCAAAUUGGUGAAUAAGCUGCAAGAUGCUUUCACAAAUGUUGGCAUUCAAAAUCCAAUCGAUUUACCACAAAUUACAGUUUUGGGAAGUCAAUCAUCCGGUAAAUCAUCCGUACUGGAAAAUAUUGUAGGUCGUGAUUUCUUACCUCGUGGAACAGGUAUCGUUACAAGAAGACCUUUAGUGCUCCAAUUGAUCAACAGACCUGCAGGAGGAGGCGUCGCACCAACAACUUCAACAACAAAUGGCGUAAAACAAGAAAGUACUCAAUUACCCUCCAAGCCUGGCGAGACAAACCCAGAUGAAUGGGGAGAAUUCUUGCAUUUGCCUGGAGAGAAAUUUCACGAUUUCAAUAAGAUUCGUGAAGAGAUUGUAAGAGAUACAGAAUUAAAGACGGGAAAGAAUGCAGGAAUCAGUCCACAACCGAUCAAUCUUCGUAUCUACAGUCCAAACGUCUUGACUCUUACCCUGGUCGAUUUGCCUGGUUUGACAAAGGUUCCAGUAGGUGACCAACCUCGCGAUAUCGAAAGACAGAUUCGGGACAUGGUUCUCAAAUUCAUUGCUAAGCCAAAUGCUGUCAUUCUUGCAGUCACUGCUGCCAAUACCGAUUUGGCAAACUCUGAUGGUUUGAAAUUGGCAAGAGAGGUCGAUCCUGAAGGUACAAGAACGGUUGGUGUAUUGACAAAGGUGGAUUUGAUGGAUCAAGGUACAGAUGUGGUCGAUAUUCUUGCAGGAAGGGUGAUUCCUUUGCGUCUCGGCUACGUUCCAGUCGUCAAUCGUGGACAACGCGAUAUCGAUCAGCACAAGAAAGUCAGCGCAGCACUGGAUGCAGAGAAAGAUUUCUUCCAAAAUCACCCAAGCUAUCGCAGCAAAGCACAAUACUGUGGAACACCAUUCUUGGCUCGUAAGCUCAACACGAUCUUGAUGCACCACAUCCGCAACACUUUGCCUGAUAUCAAAGCCAAGAUCUCGACUCAAUUGCAGAAGUUCCAAGCUGAACUCACAUCUUUGGGUGGUCCUCUCGGUGACGCCAAUAGCGGAAAUAUCGUCUUGACAAUCAUCACAGAAUUUUGCAACGAAUUCAGAACCGUAAUUGAUGGAAAUUCAAACGAUCUCAGUGUGGCUGAACUUGCUGGUGGUGCUCGUAUCAGCUUUGUAUUCCACGAAGUCUUUUCAAAUGGUGUCAAGGCUAUUGAUCCAUUUGAUCAAGUUAAAGAUGCCGACAUUCGCACAAUUCUGUACAACUCUUCCGGUUCAUCGCCCGCUCUAUUCGUUGGUACUACAGCAUUCGAAGUGAUCGUCAAGCAACAGAUCAAGAGACUAGAGGAUCCCGCAUUGAAGUGUGUCAGUUUAGUAUACGACGAACUCGUCCGUAUUCUUGCACAACUGUUAAACAAGAAUCAGUCUUUCCGCCGUUUCCCUGCCUUACGUGAGAAGUUCAACUCGGUCGUCAUUUCAUUCUUCAAGAGAUGUCUACAGCCUACAACCAAACUUGUCACAGAUAUUGUUCUUGCUGAAGCCUGUUACUUGAACACAGGACACCCUGAUUUCAUCUCUGGACAUCGUGCUAUGGCUCUCGUAUCAGAGCGUCAUACACAUGCUCCACCUGAGCCGAAGAAGGGCAUUGCUAAUCCCAAUGCGGUCAACAAUGAUAAAGAUCUUAAUGUGGACAUCAAAGAUCAAGGAUUCUUUGGAAGCUUCUUUGCUGGAGGCAAAGCAAAUCAAAAAGAACGCGCUCGUCAUGCAACGAUGGAUUCUCCACCACCUCAAUUACGUGCAAGCGGUCAAUUAACCGAACGUGAACAAAUUGAAGUUGAAGUGAUCAGGAUGCUUAUCACAUCUUACUUUAAUAUCGUCAAGAGAACGAUUAUUGAUAUGAUACCUAAAGCAACGAUGCUUCAUUUGGUUUCAUUCGCAAAAGAUUCUUUACAACGUGAAUUACUCAAAGAACUUUAUCAAUCUGAAGUGAUGAACGAAUUGAUGCGCGAAAGUGAUCAUGUCGUUACACGAAGAAAGGAAUGUGUAAAGAUGAUUGGUGCUUUGGAACAAGCAUCAGAAAUUAUUGCUACCGUUUAAAAUGGUUGUAUACCGUUUUGGAAAUGAAAAAUGAAAGAAAAGCGAGAAAGAUUUUUAUUACACACUCUCUUAUAUCUUUAUAGAGGAAAGAAGUAUAUUUACUUC